AGAAUAAUAUAUACCUGUAAACUGUUUUGCUCGCAUGCAUUCACCAUUAACCUACAUUUUCUGUGAGGAAGCUGAUAAGCACAGCCUGUUUACGAUUAAUAAUUCAAAAUGGAUUCUCUCAGGUUGUCUACCAUUUUUGUUGGGAUUUUUUCACUGGUGACGGGGGCAUCCGCCGGAGCAUGCUAUCAAUUUUCAGGCACAGGAAGUGUUUCCUUCGUUGAAAACAUCCCGUCGAGUGGAGAAAGUGCUCACUUUAAGCUGAAGUUCAAGACCAUUGCCGACUCGGGAAUACUUUACUACGCGGAAGGGCAAUACCAUCCCGAGAGAGUGUACGAUUUUGAAGGUGUCUUCAUGCGCGAUGGUUACUUGCACUACUUUUUGUUCAAUCCUGGAGAAUUCAGCAUCGGGUCUUCCUUUGGAUUUCAUGGGAAAAGUAAGAAGAAAGUCAAUGACGGCAAUUGGCACGAGGUGGAAUUUUACCGUAACAUACAGAUGGAGACUAUUCGCGAGAACGGCAAGAAGGAAAGAGUGUAUCAAACAGGACUGAAACUUGACGGAAGGCUGCAGGCUUCAGACGACAGGUGGCGCGACGGUGUCAACAUUGACAAACCAGUCAUUCUUGGAGAAGAUCCUCAUCUACAGGACCGUAGUAGCAAGUCGAUCGGUAACUUCAAAGGUAAAAUCAAGGACUUUGAAGAUCUAACAAACGACAAAAGAUUUAACGCGGAGCAUGAACAACUUGCUGCUGGGGUGUCUCAUUGUAUUGCUGCUCCUGAUGCCGUGUAAAUCUUCUCCCAGCUCGGGCUGGUGAUGUCAUUACCACAGCAACCCGACUCGAGGGGAGAUUUGAAUCAAAAAUCUGUACAGUGCAAAUAAGUUACGUGUUUAGACUUUUUUAUGUAACUGUUUUUUUUUUUUCAUUUGUUGUUCACGGUUGAACCGUUAACUUAGGCUCAAUGGCAUUGUGCCGAGAUCGUACAACUUUACAUUGAAGAAUACUUUUUUCCUUGGAAAUAUUCAUUGGAAUAACUAAAACGUUUGAUCUGUAAUUAAAGUAAAUCAGAAGAUCUAUUAGCAAUUCUUGUCCAUAGCUUUGUAUGUCACACUGACCACAAGUAGAAAUAGGUCUGCAAUAAGUUUGUAUCAGUUCAAGAUGUAGAUCUACAAGAGAUGACCAUCAAGUCAUAUAAAGACAGCGUUAUUUUACAAAUCUGGUAAAGGGACCUAUAUACAUGUAUGGACAGUUCAGCAACAUAACCCCACAUUCUUAGAGAGCAAAGGACACUGUAAGCAGGCGACACUUUUUUCCAGACACAAAGAAGAGAUCUACGUUAAAUUUAUCAAAGACUCAUUUUCAUGAAAAAAAAAACAAACAAAAAAAAACAAAAA